ACACACUCUGGGUCGAACAACCUGCCACUCUUGCGGCCGGUAGUGGAAUGCUUUGUGCCUGUCUAUCCGACUGAACAUCGACAGAAGAUAUACACUAUCUCGCCGCUCGUUUGACACACUGGGGCACUGGUCCCACCCCAUUUAUGCGCUGCUGGGUGCAAAUGGUCUGUGGUGAUAUGACGCUUUUCGACUCGGUCGCCGCUUUUACACACGGAGUACGUAUCACCACGUUGGAGAAUCAGGUUACACCCAGCGCCACUAUGUUGUGGCACAAGACGCGGGCUUUAAGAGGACUACAAGCGAAAAUAUCGACAGAGACAGAGGACAAAGAAACAACAUGGAAAGCAAGCGAGACGAUACUGGCGACAUUUUACCUAAUGGAAGGGGCGGCGAGAUUUGGGUACGAAUCUGAGUUUAAGUCGCACUGCCUAGGCUUACUCCGAAUGAUGCAGUUGAGGGGUGAAGUUGUGAGCGCUUGCUUGAAGGAUCUCUAUGUUAUUCAGGCGGUUGGGUUGGUAGAGGGCACAGAGAUGGCAUCUGAGCUUACGCAUGGCGUCGAUAGCCAUAAUGGCUCUCCAUCAUCUCGAGAUGCGCAGGCUGUUGCCACGGCCAGUGACAUUUCGACGGAAGCGAAACUUCGAUACCCAUACCAAGGUCUGCAUCAUGAGAAUCCUUUAUGGGCUAAGAUUAAUGCUUCCCCGGCGGGGUUCCAUGACUUGAUCAUGUUGGGAGAUCUCAGCAUCGAAUUUAUUCUCCUCCUCGAUGAGUUGCUCGGGUCUAUAGACCGAGAGCAGCUCCAACGGCGCAGCAGCAUUACCGAAGCAACAGAACGACAAACCAAGAUGGUCAAGCAAGCACGUCUGUUGGAAAAGGAGUCACAUAAUGCGGCAGAACGCCUGGCGUGUCUAGGCGUUAUCACGUUUCUCACUCGACGCACCUCACAAAUGCAAAUGUUCCCUGAAGUGACAUUCAUUGAUAAGCUGACUACACUGGGGAGGCAGAUGAGGUUUUAUGAUCCGGUUGGAACGUCAUGCUACAAUGACCUGAGGAUCUGGGCAACGCUUGUUGGUGUUGAGGUAACGGCUACCGCCGGGGCCACCCUGAAGCAACGUACUCAUGAGGCGGCGAGGGAGUUGCUAUUUCAAGAGGGGCACAUCGAUAGCUGGGACGACGUGGAGAGGAUAGCAAAGAGAUACUUGUGGGAUGAAAAAUCCUUAACUGCAUGGAAGAAAUACUGGAUGAGCUGUCGGGAUAUGAGCUAGGGCCGAUACUCAUGCCAGAGCGUGAAAGAGAGCUCCG